UCCAAACCAGCAUCAACGUAGUAGACGCAUGGCCCUCUCGCGGAUGCAUGUUGCAGGGGCCACCAACCUUAUCAUGUAGUUGAUGGAGCAUUUCAGCCUCGUAUGGCGCGAUCAUACCCCGCUCUCUCGUCAUUACCGCUUCCAAGGAAGACGCACCACCAAGCGCGCCAUCCAGCAUGGGCAGACGAAGUAGAGCUAAUAUAUAGACAGGGCGCCGAUAGGACCUCAUUGAUCGCUGACCUGUAGCCCUAGAGCGUUUCUCAGCUCGACAACACUGCGGACCCAUCAUGUCAUCCCAUGUAGAGCAAAACCUGGUUGAGGGCAACAAGGCUUAUGCAGCCGCAUUCACGCAAGGCCAUCUUGCGCUUCCACCGAGCCAGAAAUAUGCCGUGCUGACUUGUAUGGAUGCUCGAAUCGACCCAGCCGCAGCUUUCAACAUCCCGCUGGGCGCUGCCCACGUCAUCCGAAACGCUGGAGCCUCAGCCCGCGAUGCCUUCCGAUCGCUCGUUAUAAGUCAGCAACUGCUCGGGACAACCGAGGUGCUACUCGUCAAACACACGGGCUGCGGCAUGUUGACUUUCGAUAACGACACUGCGCGGGGGCUUGUGAAGAAGAACAAAGGCGAAGCGGCAGCGAAGGAAGUUGAGAAUAUUGACUUUAUAACAUUCUCAGAGUUGGAAGAGCAAGUCAAGGAUGAUGUGGCAUGGCUCAAGAGCAAGGCGGUGGAGGAGGGCGUAGGGGUCACGGGAUGGAUAUAUGAGGUUGAGACUGGGCAGGUCCGGAAGGUAGUUUAGCUGUGAUUCAGUAUGUCGUAUCCACACAUUUUUUCCGAC